CCGUUCGUAACAUGAUAACCGUGAAAUUGUGUGUAAAAGCUACCAGUGAAAAAACCAUGCAAAGCCUCUGUAUCAUCUGUGCGACCCUUUCUGUGAGAAAAUCACAGUGCCACGUUAGCCUCAUUGGCUUUUGCGAAAAAGGCUUUCUUUUUGUUCUGAUUGUUUUUCAUUUCUCCAUUGUCCUUUUUUCAAUAGCUAACUGCCUGGAGAUAGCAGCACCUGGGAAUGGUUCCUUGACCCACUCUACCGCAGAAUGGAGAAGGAAUGGCAGCAGGAUAGACUUCAGCUGUGAUCCAGGAUUUAGCUUGGUUGGAGCUGCCUCUGUCACCUGUGAGAAUGGACAGUGGGAUCAUCCUGUACCAACUUGCUUUGAGUCGUCUGACUGGUACCUGUCUGCAAUUUUACCGGUAGCAGCUCUUGUGGUGAUAUGUGGACUCUUAUGGAAGAGGAAAUGGCUACUUGAAAAAUGUUCAAAGAUCAAGGUGCUAAGACUGAAGAGACCAGCUGUGCAGCCGAGGAGGGAAAAACUCCCGUAUGUAACCUUCAAUUUACAGCGAACUGUAUCAUGUGAAGGUAUACCGGUAAGAUGCAGACUCAUAUCAGAAAGUGAAAUACUUGAAAAUGGUAUUGCAGAGCUUAGACCAUGGCAUGUUGUCAUUGAAGGGAAAUGUGGCAGUGGUAAAAGUACAUUGCUGCGUGAACUGAAACGUAUUCAUAUGGAGAGCAAACACAAGCUGUGGCAUCGAAAUGUAGGGGUUCUAACAGAUGUUGGCAAUUUAGAUAAUGCACUGACAAGUAUAAAAAGAAAUGUUUGGUUUCGGCUUCACCUUUCCAAUUUAUUAAUUCUUGUUGACGAUUGUAACGGUGAGAAUGAUAUAACAGAUGUGUUAGAAAAUGUUAGAAACAAAGGCCUCUUUGGUUGUCGUUUGGUGAUGACCACUACGAAUGCAACUUCAGCACAAAAUAUGAGUAGAGACUGUGACUUGCGUCACGUUACAAUAGGUGGUUUUUCUGAUCCACAUUCAGGUGAAGAAAGUUACGCACAGAAAUUAGGAAAGAUUUCAAAAGGAAAUUGUUCAGAUCUUUUAAAAAGAGAUAUUUUGUCUCCAAACAUAACACAACUUCCAGCCAUUUUGGAUUCCCUGAUUUCGUUGGAAUCUAAGACUAGUCCUUUCAAUCUGCAUUCCACAUUUGGAAGUCUGAUCGUGAUGGCGUUAAAAUGUAUGUUCGGGAAACUUGAUAACAACUUGGCCAACGGUGACUCUGGUAUAUCAGGCCCGCUCACUGAGCCCCAAACAGCUUUUGCAAUUAAUUGCGGCAAAGUGUGUUUAUCGAGAAUGAUAAACGGUUGUGAAAAUCCAGCAGAGGUACCCAAAAGGGAUUUCGUAAAUGGUGUUGUAGAGAAUGGAAUCAAAAUGGGGCUUUUCCAAGAGUCUGAAGGAAGGAAUUCCAAUAGAGAAGAUGCAACUUUGCGGACCAAUGCUGAUGGUAGUUUGAAAUUUGUCUUGGAAGUAUUUGCAGUGUUUUGUGCAAGUAAGCAUAUGGCCCAAAAUGUCCAAGAGUGGUUGCCUAGAAUAAAUGGCAGUAAUGUUGAAAAGUUUGAGAACUUGCUGGUCUUUGCUGCAUGUAGUUCACAGAGUCAUGAUACUGCUCACACCAUUGUGAAUCAUUUGGCUGGGAUCAUCCACCAGGAAAGGGAGGUCAUUGAUCAAUUGAGAGAUCGGAUUCAGCUGGAGAAGUUCAUUGACGUUUGUUUGGAAAUCAAUUUUGAAGGAAGGAUGGAGGGCAGGUUAAAUGAUCUAUUUGCUCAGAUUUUUCCUGAAGGACGGCUUUGCUUCACUGGCAUGUCUGGCCGCAGGCUCAGAUGUUUGGCGUACAUGAUGAAGUAUGCCUACCACCCAGAUCAUGAGCAGAACGUGAAUCGCCUACGAGACGAUGAGCAGAACGUGAACCGCCUACGAGAUAAUGAGCAGAAUGUGAACCUGAAGUGUGUUCAGUUGUGUCGUCUUGAGAGGCAGACUCCGGAUGAGUUCAGAGAAUGUACUGAGAGUUUGUAUCCCGGAGCUUUCGGAAACUUGAGAGCUGGAGAUGAAACACGGUUUGCAUGUGAAAACCGUGAAGCGGUUGCACGUAUGACUGCAGUCCGACGACAACUAGAAUCAAGAGAGAGAUAUCUACCUAGGUUUCCCUCUGACCUUUCGGACGGAAGUGUCCUUCGUAGCAUCCAUUCCUGGGGUUUACAAGAGAUCACAGAGUUGCAAUAUGGUGAAUGCCAUUCAUCUACAUCAGCAUCAGAGUUUGUUCGAUAUCUCCUUCAACUGGAAGAUCUCGAUUCCAUUGUUCUUUUGGGGACAAUUAUUGAUUCCCAACAAAUUCGUGACCUUGUCCACGCUCUUCAUAAGUUUAAAAAAUUCAAGAGGAUAGAUUUCCGUUUCAACAAGGAAAUGGACAACAGGGCUUUUAAGAAAGCAAUGCUACGGCUUUCUGCUUGUAAAGACCUUGUUGACCUGAGGCUGUCUCUGUACAAAGUCGAUGGCAAAGGAUUUUCACAAGUUACAAAGAAGAUCUCGAAAGUUGAGCCGCUGUUAAGACGGUUAGAGACACUGCAUCUUCUUCAUGUUAGUGCCGUUGAACCUUUCUGCGAUUUCAUCCAAAAAAUCUUGCAAUACAUGAAUAAUCUGCAGUGUAUCCAUGUAUCUGCCCUGGCUGAAGAUGAAAACCCGGAUGCACGUAUACCACACAUGAUCGUUGAAAAGAUCCGGCAGGAAAAGCCGAAUCUCAAGGAGCUUUUUGUUGAUGGCAAGAAUGAAUUAACGUCAGAAAGAGGUGUUGCAGAUGCUUCAUCCACGUCAUCAGGGUCGGCCGUAGGCAGAUCAGGAGAUGCGAUUUUAGAAAUGGAAUCAAAGCUGUGAACUCCGUGGUUCCAGUUCAGGGUUCCCAUGUUCUGCAUGUUGGGCAUUGCCUGACAUUCAUUUAUACCUCUGUACCAACAGAGGGCUCAACCAAUCCUACAUGAGUUUUAAUAUCCAGAAGAUCCCUAGAUGUCCCGUCUACUACAAGCAUCAACUCCAAGACUUAAUCCAGUCAACACAGCACCUUCAUCAGACAAAACUGGGAUGAUCACCUUGAGAGAAAAUGGUGUCCCAAGACAGACAUUGAGAGCACGUCUGUUUUUCAUACUCCAACCCAAAUGAUGUAUCACUUGGUGAUACCUGCUGACGAUACCGCGUAUUUAUAUACAUGUUCAUGUGUUUCCUCCUGCAUUCAUUGUUCAGUGUCACUGAAACAUUCUGAUCAGGAUAUACUUAUUCCGCAAGACGGAUUUGUUAAGAGGAAAAUACUUUUAGGUCAAUCAUCCUAUCCAUGUAUUUUCAUUGAAAGAUGGCAGUUGAAAACCCGUGCACUGCUGUGAAAUUUGCCAACACUGAAUAUUAGACAGGUUUUUACUUUCUCCUUGAUGUGUCAUUUAUACUUGGUGGAGUCGCAUGCUCCUGGGGUUCGUCCUUGAACUCAGAACUCGAAGUACAUGUUCAGCGUUUGUUCCAGCAAGAACUUCCAAAGUCAUCUGUGGUCCUUAUGUUAGAUUCACUCAUCAGUACUCGUUAUCCAGUCACUGCCGCAAGAAAUCAAAGGGAGCAAUAAUCUGGAAAAUGACUGAUAUGAAUACACUAAUAGGAAUACACUGAUAGGAAUACACUGAUAGGAAUACACUGAUAUGCUGUGGGUGAAAUCCGUUGAUGCCCAGUCAUCCGUUGAUGCCCAGCCAUCUGUGUUCCCGGCACCUCUGUACUUACACUUAUCUGAGGCUGCUUUUAAGAUGUGAUGAUGCUUCUUGGGUUGUAGCUCUAUGGUGAUACACAAGUGCAAUAUUUUGUACCAAAGUCAUGUACUGUUCACGUUAAUGUACUUCUGCUAUUCAACAAUUUACGAACGGUGUAGUGUGAUGCUAGGGCUCUUUUUUAAUUUUCCAGUACUAGCUUUUAUAUGCUUGCUUUAAUAAAAGACGACCUGAAGGCACAGGGAAAGCUAAGUGCAAUCUACUUACGUUAAGAUUCAUGCCUCCUCUAUAUCUCCAGUUUUCGCAAGGAGAUUUUGCCAGGUUUACUAUCAAAUGCUGCCUUACUAUUGUAUGGAAUAUUGCUCAAGUGCAAUUGUUUCCUGGUAAUUUUAAUUCAUUUGGAACUUGCAUGCUAUUCGGCUUGUCUUUGUAUCAACUUACAAACUGCUUCAUGAAGCCUAUAAAAUAAAAUUUACCUGCCUGUUAGCCAUUGUUCUUGCUGCCUACAGGUGUUAUUGAACAGCCAAAGUAUUUUGUUAUAUGAUUUACUCUGCCUUAAAAACAUUUUUAUUGAAAAUGUCUCUUGUUUUGUUAUACACACGUAGUCUGAAGGUGAAAUUAGUGUCCCUACGUGAUCCAUCAUGAUUGUUUUCUGUUGUAAAAAAUUGUAAUGUUUCCACUUUUUUACUUGAACUUUCUCUUUCUAAUUUAAUGUUUUACUUUUCCAAACAUGAAAGCUUGAAAAGCGCCCCCAACAAAGUAAAGAUUUCGCGCAUUAUGAUUUGCCAACGCAUUGCAAAGUCUUGGAGGGGCACCAUUGUGAAACGUCCAUAAGUUCAGGCAUUGUGGGGGGAUUGAAGGAUGGCAAUCGUGUCAUCGUUAUAAAAUGUAUGUACUACAUGUAUGUAUAUGUUGUUAUUGGUAUUAGAAUUGUAAUUAUAGAUAUCCAAAGAUAUGCACAAAUAUGUUUGUGGUACAUACAUCUCUACGUGCUAUGAACUUGGUUCACUGUUGAGGGUAUUUAAAUGGCAGUUUGUACUAUACAGGUAUAAAAACUGUAGCUACAUUGUAUUCCUGGAAGCUUGUGACACGUGCCAAAAAAAUAAGCUAUAUCGUAAGGAUUAAUUCGAGGAUGAAGAAAAAAUAUUUGAUGUUCGGCCAGUAUUUAGAAAAGAUUUGAACCAGUACUUGUUUUUGAAAACUAUUUAAGUGCUUAUUUUGUUUAGUGGAGUAUAGAUUCGUAUGGUUUGACUUGUUUCCAAAUUUGGGUUGUAUAUGUGACCACAAGUAUGAGCAAGGUUACGAAGAGCGUGGGAAAAUAAUCAGAAUAUAUGCACGUAAAAUGCAUUUCUACAUAAAUUAAUGAUGUACAAUAGCUUUGAUGUAGUGUGUAAAUUAGUACAUGAAUUAUGCUGUAAAAUAUUUGCCUUUAAGUAUAUAUGCUUUUGUUGUUUUUUAUAUUUAAAUUGUUAAAAUGCUUCUUUCUUUUCUGAAGUGCAGUAUCGUUUCGCUUGGGAGUUCCAUGCGAAUACAUUCCACAUUUGGAAACAGGUCAGAUUGUCAUGUAGCCCCCUUCCAACUUUUGGCCAUCUUUGUGACCAAAGUGUGUGCAAAGCUUGGUUGAGCAUGCAAAUUGAACAAGGUACUUGUAUAUAUGCUUUUUCUCGGAAUAAAUUAACGAUAAGCAAUGGUUUUGAUAGUAUGUGUAAAUCAGUACAUGUGUAUGCUAUAAAAAGCCAUUCUGACGCCUCUAAAGUGUCUGUUUGCUUUUAUACUGUAACGCUAGUGAACGGGACUUUUAACUUUGGACUCGUUCACCAAAAAUUCUUCUUAUUUUCUCUUUAUGAAGGGUACAUGUCAUUACACAAACGAAAAGCAUUUUCAUAUCGUGAUCUCUGUUGCACGGGCUCAGUUUUUCGGGAGCAUUAGUAGUAGAUGUAUUAUUUUCUAACACACCCCUGCCUUCCUAAAGAAGUUAGAAUGUUUGCCACCUUUUGGAAAUGUAUUGUUUAUUGUAAUUUUGUAAGCCAUGCUACAUGUGUCUGCCUUUUCAAAACCGGUAGACCUAGUGAAACUGACGUUUUACAGACGAAAUCUGACGUCCUUUUUUAGACUGUAUGCAUCCUGUGCAUGUACCGAGUAUUUUCUGCGUACAUUGUAGCUGGAUGGUAAGUUGGAUUAGAUAUAUUCCGUGAGGCUAGUUUUCCGGCGAUAUGAAGACCCAAACUGGUUGGAACUUCGACUGCACGCAAGUCUUUGAUACUGUAUUUUAAAGGUAAAAAUUGUCUGAAAUAUUUCCGACAAAAGUGCACUUAAAGUCAUUAAAUACAGUGCCUCAUUUAUAUACAUUGUAACCGAAGACGCGUUCUCAGAACAACUCAUCUUUACAUUGUCAUAUUAAUGUAAUUAUAUUUUAUAAGUGACAAAUUACGACUUUUAAGGAAAGGCUGUGAAAUGUCGAAUAAAUAUAGUCUGCCAGUUUUCCCGAAGAGAAAUUUUUGUGAGUCUUGGUGUUGUCUCUCUGCGCGUUUCCACGCUUAUGCAAGAAGAGAUUGGGGCGGGGAACGACUGACCACCCUGUUGCUGAUGCCAAAACCACCCGGGGAAACUUGACUUCGACGGCAGUCCAGAAAAAAAAAAGACUCAAAAUAUUAUUUGGGCCACCAUUGUCUAAAAUACAGUGUAUGGCAAAAGUAGAAGCCCAUUGACGUAUGAUACAAAAUACAUGUAAAAUCCUGUGUCAAGUUGAAACAUGUUGGGGCGCUUUCAACUGUUUUCCAAUUUUGUCUGUUGCUUUAAAUGUGUUUGUGAGCUGCGUUAACUUGAACAGCGUAGGCUUAUCUGCAGGGGGGCUAUAUGUAGCCGUGGAAGAGAUCCAGGUGUUGACGACGAGACGUAGGCUCAUACAAUGGCCAAAAAGCAUUCGCUGAAACAAAGUUGGAAAGGAUAUUCGGGCUUUCUGAUCUACCCCUCUAAAAAUUAACUUAAAGAUAAUGUAAGAAACGAUGAAAAAGUGGAGAUUCUUUUAUUCGAAUGGACGAGGAGUCCGAGCCCAUUCGAAUUAAAUAAUCUCUACCUUUUGAGUCGUUUCUCUAACAGAAACUACGUCCCUCCCUCCAGUUUUGUCCACAUUGUAUAAAGGAACAAAAGAUCUUUAGGCCUACC